AUGGCGGGUAUGCGGCGCGGCCAGGCGCUGUUUCUCGCGCUCGGCAUUAUUCUCAUCUACUUCCUAUUCUUCUCCGGGUCUGGGUCGAGCACGGAUUUCCGGAAGACCACCGAGGCAUCAUUAUCGCGCCGUCGCGGCGUGCUCAGAGGCGCUCUUUCCGACAAGGAGUUGACCGUGGAGACAAACCGCGAGCUGCAGAAGAUUCUAGACAGGCAGAACGAGUUGCGGGGCCAGAACCGGGAUCAGGAGAUAUUUGACGCGUCGCCCGUGCAAGGCGCUCAUCCGUACACCUCGACCAUCAGCUUCGACGAUGAAGUCCCUAUCGGCGGCAGGAAGACGAUGCCAAAGGACAAGCCCAGGUACCCUGUCGACACUGCCAAAGCGACAGGCGUAACAGCCCCUGUCGCAGACGGCCAAGGUGAAGAGGUCGCAUACAACGGAAACAAAGUGGAGAAGGCCAGAGACGAGGGAGAAGACCUCGCAAGGGAAGAGUUGCAGAGCAUUCUCAAGAAGAGUCCGAUUAUCAUUUUCUCCAAAUCCUACUGCCCUUACUCAAAACGCGCCAAGGCACUACUCCUACAAACUUACAGCAUCACGCCCGCACCGUAUGUGGUUGAGCUAGACCUGAUGACGGAACGAGUUCCACGGCCUCACGAUACUGACGACGAUGAUGACGACGCUCCAGCACCAACUCUGGGCAAAAAGUUGCAAGAUCUCUUGGCCGCAUUAACGGGUCGACGAACAGUUCCGAAUAUCAUGAUCAAUGCACAAAGUCUCGGUGGAAGCGACGACCUUGCAAGAUUGGAUGCAGAAGGCACCUUGGAAGAGCACAUCAAGAAGAUGGGAGGGAAAAGGAUCGUUAGUAUUGAGAAGAACCACAAAGACGAAGAUUGA